AUGAGCGCCCUUCUCACCACCGGCCUCGGGCCUCGCACGCGCAUCGCCCUCGCCCUGCUUGUCGGGGGCAGUGGCACCACCCUCACUGUCGCUCGUGUCCAAUCUCUUCUCAACCACUGCCGCAAGGAUCAACGCGCCCUCGUCUCUGCUGCACUGGGCGACGCAGCCCUCUCCAAGACAAAGCGCCGUUCCGCUCGCACUCCCGUCACUGCAGUUGACCGCCGCUUUGCUGCCCGUCUUGCAGACAUUCUUCGCGUCUGCAUUCCGGGUCCUUUCUCAAAGGAGGCCGCCCUCGUCGUCAUCCAGGGCGUAUUGCUCUUCUCCCGCACCAUUCUCACAGACCGUAUCACAAAACUUGAGGGAAUCUGCGCUGCAACCGUCACUGCCCUCGACUGGCGCGGCUUCCGUCGCAUUCUCGGCUUGUUCGCUCUCACUGCCGUCCCGGCUGCCAUUGUCAACUCCGCUCUCAAGUCCAUGCAAAUUCUGCUCUCCCUCGCCUUCCGGAAGCGGCUCACCCGUUUCUUGCACAAGGGCUAUUGCGGAAAUCGCGCCUACUAUGCUGCCAGCGUCUUCAGUGGCCUCAGUCACCCGGACCAGCGCAUCACUGAAGACGUCGAGCGCUUUUGCGAAACAGUCGCAGACCUCUACUCGUACACUUUCAAGCCGUUACUCGACGUCAUUGUUUUUUCACGAUCCCUGUCACACAUCAUUGGCUACAAGGGACAAGCUGGGCUGUACGCUUAUUUCAUAGUUGUCGGUGCUUUGCUCAAGCGCAUCUCCCCCCCUCUCGGUCGCAUGACCGCCGAGUGGUCAUCCCUCAGCGGUGACUUGCGCACAGCCCACCACAGGAUUGCUGCCAGUGCCGAGGAAGUCGCCUUCAACGAUCCCCCUGCCGGGCGCGCCGAGAUGAUGUCCCUCAACACCCGUCUUGACCGUAUGAUUCAUCACUCCCGCCUCAGCGUUGUCCAACGAUUUGUUCAGCAAUGUAUUGACGGCUAUCUCGUGAAAUACACUGCCAGUAUUAUCGGUCUCGUCAUAUUCGCCGUGCCUCUGUACUAUCGGUCAAAGAAGGAAGCGUUAGAAACUAAUGUCAUUGCUGGACAGUACAUCAACUCGAUGCGUCUCAUGAUGCAGACAUCCGCCGCAAUGGGGCAGCUUGUGCUCGUGUACAAGCGAAUCAACACUUUAGCGGGACACACGGAGCGCGUCUCCGAAUUGAUUGAAAAGGUUAAGGAGCUCGGCAAGCCGCAAGGGCACUUAGAAGCCUUCCGGAAGGUGCAGGAUCACAUGUCAGAUAUCCACGAGGAAUCGGGGAUGACGACGACCAUCUCUUCACGAUCGCAGAUUUCAGAAUUGGCAAACCGAUUUCCGCCUAAGCGAAAGAACGGCAACUUCAUCAAGCUUGAAAAUGUUUGUAUGUGGUCUCCAGAUGGCUCUCCGCUUGUGCGCGAAUUAGAUAUGGAGGCGCCGAAGGGAACGAGUGUGAUUAUUCUCGGUCCGAACGGCAGCGGCAAGAGUAGUAUUCUGCGAAUGCUGGCUGGUCUCUGGCCGCUUCAAGCGGGAACUGUGACGCUGCCCGCGCGUAAUGACAUCUUCUACUUGUCGCAAAGGCCAUACAUGUAUGCUGGUUCUUUGCAAGAACAGCUGAUGUACCCACAGUUGCCCGGGGUGGUCAUCGGAGAAGAUAUCGUGUUUGACGAAGAUCACGCCCAGAGCUGUCUGGAGAGGGUUGAACUUGGACAUCUGACAGCACGAUGCCACGGGUUUGACGGCUGCUUGUCGUGGGAGGAAACAUUGAGUGGGGGGGAGAGAAACCGACUGGCUGUUGCGCGGCUUUUAUAUCACAGGCCGAAAUUUGCAGUACUCGACGAGUGCACAGCUGCAGUGUCCGCAGAUGGAGAGGUCGUCUUGUACAAUGCCAUGGCGGAUGCCGGAAUCACUAUGUUAUCGGUGGCGCAUCGCAAGGCUGUGAUGGAGUUUCAUCAGGCAGCGGUGGUCCUGGACGGGUCUGGGAAAUGGGAGUGGAAGGAGCUGCACCAAGGCGAGCCGGUAGUAUCAGGAGAGUGCUCAUCGUAG